AUGGAGGCGGAUUGGAACGAGUUGCUACGUAUCCCGGUUCCCCCUCCGAACCCGCACGCGCUGCCAACCAUCGCGACAACGAUUGCCUUUGACGAUGUCUCCGAACUCUUGUGGGCGGGGAACGAAUAUGGCCGAGUCACCUCCUUCUACGGACCUGAACUACAGAGGUACACAUCCGUUCGUGCCCACCCUGUCACCGAAGGCCCAGUACGACAAAUAUUAUUCCAUGAGAGAGGAGUUAUAUCACUUUCCUCGAAGAGUGUGCAUAUGAUUACACGGCGUGGCCUAACGCAAUGGCACGUCACUCACGAUGAAAUUAAGGAACUCCGUUGUAUGAGCUUUACGGCUCAAACGAACAGAAUCAUAGUUGCGGGAUGUCAGAAGGCAAUGUUUACAAUUGAUAUCGAUAAGGGAACGAUUGUCGAUAAACUACGAACAGAACAUCAUUAUGUGAUAAUGAAGAAAAGCCGCUACCUUUGCGCCGCGACAGAUACAGGAUCUGUUAAUGCGCUGAGUUUGUCCGAUUUCAGCGUUGUGAAGUCCUGGAAGGCUCAUGGAGCGGCGGUAAAUGACAUGGAUGCCAGGAAUGAUCUUUUGGUCACUUGUGGUUUCUCAGUGCGACACCUUGGGUCUCCGAUCGUUGAUCCGCUGGCGAACGUGUAUGAUCUGAAGACCCUAUCGCCGUUACCACCUAUCCCUUUCCAUGCUGGGGCUGCAUAUGUCCGUAUGCACCCAAAGCUACAGACGACAAGUUUUGUUGCGUCUCAAACUGGCCAGCUUCAAGUUGUGGACCUGAUGAACCCAAACGCCUUUAAGCUUCGCCAAGCCACCGUAUCCUUUAUGCUGGGCAUUGAAAUCUCCCCAUCCGGAGAGGCACUUGCCAUAAAUGACGCAGAAUGCUCGAUUCAGCUUUGGGGGUCUCCGGCAAAAAUUCACUUUAAUGAAAUGAGUAAGGAAGUUGAAUUCGCUGACGUCACUCCACGGCCACCUCCCCUUGACUGGUCGCCAGAGACUCCCUUGAAUAUGAUCGGUAUGCCAUACUACCAUGAACGCCUUCUCUCUGCGUGGCCAAGCCAUCUCCUGUUUGAGGUGGGGAGCCCACCAGCUCUUAUAGACCAGUCCCUCAUCCCCUAUCUUCGCUCUGGGGAGAUAGGACAAUACGCAGCAAAUCCCAAGAAGACCCGAAGAUACCAGGUCGAAAACACUCGUGCUUUGGCCUCCUCUGAACCUGCACUAAUUGCACCGAAAUUCUUGAGUGAAAAGGCAAGAGACCAAAGCAAGGCAAAACUAGAUGAUGCCGUUGGCGACACUGCCGGUGCUCUUUCUGGCGCGAAGAUUAGCGGAGAAUCGGAGGAUGACCCUCUGCUGAAGUACAGCAAUGUUGAAAUCAAAUACAGUAGAUUCGGAGUUGAUGAUUUCGACUUCAGGUUCUAUAAUCAGACUAAUUUCUCAGGGUUAGAGACCCAUAUCGCAAACUCAUUCACCAACUCCCUCCUUCAACUCCUCAAGUUUAUUCCGUUAAUACGAAAUGUUGCUCUUCACCACGCCGCGACUUCUUGCAUAGCUGAAAGCUGUCUGCUAUGCGAAAUGGGGUAUCUUUUCGAUAUGUUAGAGAAAGCCAAUGGUCAGAAUUGCCAGGCGACGAAUCUACUCAAAACCUUCAGCAGCUUCCGUGAAGCUUCGAGCUUAGGGCUGUUGGAAGAAAACCUCACAAACAAAUCCCUCUCGGUUGCCAUACAGGCUGUCAACCGAUUCUUCCUUGGCCAGAUUGCGCAGGACUUCCAUAAAAUCCUGCCGACCUCAGAAGAUCUCGAUAUAAGGCUGUCAACGAUUGCACUAGAAUCUAUUCGGUGCAUGUUUUGCCAGAACGAAAUCGUGAGACCGGGGAAUACUCUUGUCAACGAGCUUAUUUAUCCCACGGUUGAUAUGAAACAGGCUCGUCGAAAUCCAGCGUUUCGAUUCUCGAAUAUUUUGAGAGCAAGUAUUGAACGGGAGGCACAGAACCGGGGAUGGUGCAACUAUUGCCGGAGAUAUCAACAAGUGGCUAUGCGGAAAACAGUACAUCGCAUGCCUCUUGUGCUGAUGAUUAACGCAGCCGUGAAUAACCCUAUUUGUCGACGUCUUUGGACGAUUCCUGGAUGGUUGCCAGAAGAGAUUGGUAUUGUUGUCGAGGGCGGCCAGAUCCUCUGUUUUGAAGGGGAGGAUUUGAGGUUCCGUAUGCAAGGAAACAUGCCUGGUCUAAUUGUAUACGAUUUGGUCGGGCUGGUUGCGGAAAUUGAUAUUCCAGAACACCAAAAGGCUCACUUGGUCUCGUUUGUCAAUGUUUCCGUUUCGUCUCGUGAACAAGAGAUGAGGAGUAGAUGGCAUCUUUUCAACGAUUUCUUAGUCACAGAGGUGGACAAAGAUGAAGCUUUACGCUUCAACCAACCGUGGAAAUCGCCAUGUGUACUUGCAUUCCAAGUAAGAGAUGCACGACAUGCAGUGGAUGACACAUGGAAGGACUACCUGGACACGACGCUACUUUUCCGUGACUGGUCUCUGAACAAUGGGCCUCCUGUCGAAUCGCGUGUCAUGCUUUCUGAGGAGGAAAAGCCGACACCUGGCACACCGGUUGCUCUCGACACAGAAUUCGUCGACCUCGAAAAGGCGGAAAUUAACGUUAAAGCCGAUGGCUCACAAGAGAUCGUGAGGCCCAGCAAAAGUGGCCUUGCCAGGGUGUCUGUUCUUCGAGGUUCAGGGGUGCAAGAAGGUGCUCCUUUCAUUGAUGAUUACAUAUCUGUCAAAGAACCCAUCGUCGACUACGUGACACAAUAUUCGGGCAUCAAACCUGGUGAUUUGGACCCACGUACCACUUCACAUAACAUUGUACCACUUAAAGUUGCAUACAAGAAGUUGUGGCUGCUUCUCAAUCUCGGUUGUGUGUUUGUUGGCCAUGGCCUGGCGUCGGACUUUCGGAAAGUGAACAUUCAAGUUCCUAAGAAACAGACGGUCGACACGCAAUACUUGUUCUUCCACCCCGGGAAAAACAGACGACUAAGUCUUCGAUAUCUAGCAUGGGCUGUGUUCAAAGAAUACAUCCAAGAAGAACCAGCGGACAACAACCAGGGCCAUGACUCAAUUGAGGAUGCGCGUAUGGCCCUCCGACUAUGGAAGAAAUUCCAAGAGUACGAGGAUGCAGGUAUUGUGAACCAAAUCCUGGAAGAGAUCUUCCGUGAGGGAUCCAAGCUGGGAUUCAGACCCCCGGCUCGCAACGGCGUGGCCACAGUGCUCUCUCGGCCUGGAACCGCAGUAACGAUGCAGAAUAAUAACAGUGGUCGAAAUACACCCAGCGCACCUGAUGUCGGUGCCGCUCCCGCAAGUGCACCAGCUACCCCCCGGCAGGCGUUCCGACGAUCCAUUGCCUUGACGCCGAGCAAUGGCACGUUCUCUGGCCCUGGAUCGGGGGAGUUCUUUGGUGGUAGUCCGCUGAAGUAA